AUGCCUAUCCGAAUUGUGAUGGAGCUUUUUCAAGGAUCACUUACUGAUCUCAUAAAAGUAGCCAGUGAUUCAAAGGGCGAACCUAGCUAUCUAUCAUUUCGAGAGAAGAUCGACAUAGCUACAGAUACCACAGCUGCCAUUAUGUACAUGCAUCGUCUCCGUCUUCAAUUUUAUGUUCAUGGUAAUAUUCGUAGUGCCAAUGUGAUGAUCACUUCUAAUAUGGGUGCUCUUGGUGCAAGUCACAUGGUCAAUAGCAUCGCUUCUCUGAGUGCACUGGAUGCUAACUAUUGUGCACCUGAGAGAGUGGGUCGUAGUGAUGGUGGCUCAGCUUACAGCACACGCGAGGCUGAUGUCUACAGUUUAGGGGUGACUCUGACCGAGUUGUUUACUGGUUUGCAACCAAUUUCUUCAGAGAGGCAGUGUCAAAUAAAACGGGUUGAACAUCAUGGUCUGCAGGAUCUGUGUUUCAAAAUGACAUGUAAUGAAUCAUGUCAACGACCAACAGCUGAGGAAACUUUUCACAAUGUGAAAGACCAAAAAUCAACAGCAAUAUACCGAUCAACUGAACGAAGAAGAACCGUUAGAGGACAUUUGGAAGGUGAGAGCAUGAAACUGGGUUGA